CAGGCCUUGCCCGCGAACAGUCCCUGUCUCCUCUGCCAGGAUUUGGUAUUGUAUAAUCUUCGAGUUCGCAUCCUCAAUAUAUAUAUACAUAUACAUAUACAUAUAUACAGGUACCAAGGCCGGAGCUAGCGGUGGACUCGCCAUUCUUCGUCCAGACCUAGAGGAAGCAAGAUGUUGUCCUCGAUAUUCUGCACUGCCAUCCUCUGCCACUUCGCCGUCCUCGAGGUCUUCGCCCAGCCGGAGGUCAUCCUGGAGCAAGGGAUCCUCAAAGGGUUCUGGGCCACUUCUGUCGGGGGGAGGACCUACUCCACCUUCCUGGGGGUACCCUACGCAGAGCCGCCCAUCGGCGAUCGCAGGUUCAAGGAACCAUCACCAGCCUCAGGAUGGAAGGGCACUUACAACGCUACGCGAGCGGCGCCGCCCUGCCUCCAGUACAGCCACAUGACGAUGAACACCCCCUUCGCGGUCCAUGGCUCCGAGGACUGUCUCUACCUCAACGUCUACACUCCGAGGCUGGUCUCGAAGACAGAAGACCAGAGGCCAUUGGACGUGAUCGUGUUCAUCCACGGCGGGGCCUUCAUGUUCUUGAGCUCCACCUUCUUCGACGCCUCGAUCCUCAUGGACAGGGACGUCAUCCUGGUCAGCAUGAACUACCGGCUGGGGCCUCUAGGUUUCCUGAGCACCGGUGACGACGUGGUCCCGGGCAACAACGGGAUGAAGGACCAGGUGGAAGCCCUCAGGUGGGUCCGGAAGAACAUCGCCGCCUUCGGAGGAAAUCCCAGAAGCGUGACCAUAUCGGGCUUCUCGGCAGGCGGCGCCAGCGUCGAUUACCACGUCCUAUCUCCGCUCAGCAAGGGUCUCUUCCAAGCGGCCAUCUGCAUGAGUGGUGUCUCCCUCAACCCUUGGACCUUCGCGGAGAACGUCAGGGAGAAGGCCAACUUCAUCGCCAGUCAGCUGGGGUGUCCCAACCACGACUCCAGAGCAAUGAUAGAAUGCCUGAGGAACCGACCAGGGGAUCACAUCGUCGGAACGACCGAACAUUUAUUGCCUUGGCUCUACAACCCAUUUUCCCCUUACGCCUUGGUCGCGGAACCUCCAAGUCCGAACGCCUUCCUCCCAGCAACACCAAUUAACAUUCUCAAGGAAAGGAAGGCUUCGGACGUCCCGUUACUUUUGACGUUUACUAAAGAGGAAGGCCUGUAUCCAGGAGCAGAAAUUGCUGGAAAACCGGAAAAUCUGAACGAGCUUAAAAACCGCUGGAAUGAGUUACUUCCACAUUUGCUGGAUUACAAUCAUACAGUUCCAUGCGAGAAGAGGAAAGCAGAGAUUUCUCAGAAGAUUAAAGAGUACUACAACAUUGACCUGGACACAAAGGAAGGGGUAGCAAAUCUAAUCAAGGCAAUGAGUGACAGGAUAUUCAUACAAGGAAUCGGCAAAGCCGCAAAACUGCAUGGCAAAUAUUACCAAUCCCCGGUCUACCUCUACAGGUUCUCUUACAUGGGGAAAUAUACCUGUUCCGGUCUUUUCGGUGGAGGAAAAGAACUCGGUGUUAGUCAUGCUGAUGACAUCAUGUACAUCCUGCGGUCAGAGGCGGUUAACACCCAAGAAACAGAAGCAGACAGGCAGGUUUCGAAGGAAUUGGUAAAUUUAUGGGUUUCGUUUGCAGCAAACAAGAAAUUAAAUGCCCAGGUAGUUAGAGACAGCCUACCAAAAAUUGCAUACACCGAUAUUCAAGGCCCAAACAAAAUGGUCCCAACAAUAGAAGAGCAACUAGGAGAAGAACAAUUUUGGGAUUCGCUGAAAUUGAUGGAGAAUUUGGAAAAGUCAGAAGCGAGUCGAGACGAAUUAUGAAUGAAUGAGUGACUUAAGAAUGUUUGAAUGAAUUGUGAUUCCAAUUAUCUUCAUGGAUGGUGGUUACUUGAGAGACUGUUUCAUAAUUAAGAGUUAGUUUUGUAUUUUUUAAAUAUUAUUUCAGUGAAAUAGCACUUAAGUGAAAAUUCAUUUAUUUUUUUACUUAAAAAAAAUGUAAAAUAUUUUUUAAAUUACUAAGGAAUAUUAUAGAUGUUGUGUAUUUAAUGAUACUUAAAGACGCUAAAAAAAUAUAUUCUUAGUAAAAUAAUUGAUAGUAUUAUAUUGUUUUUAAAUAAAGAAAUGUUAUCAAAUUCUUAA